ACAGCAGUUGACAACGAAGAAGAAGAAGAAGAAGAGAACGGCAGUAGCAGAGUGGAUAUGUCCGACCCGGCGGCUCAGGCCCAGCAACCCCGGCUUCACCAAGCCCAGUCCGCUGGGUCGGCUCCGUCCAAUGUCGCCGGCUCCGGUUCGGGGAGCAGCGACCCGGCCAGACCGGGACUAAGCCAACAGCAGCGAGCCAGCCAGAAGAAGGCGCAAGUUCGAGCCUUUCCGCGGGCGAAAAAGCUGGAGAAACUUGGCGUUUUCUCCGCUUGCAAGGCCAGUGAUGCAUGCAAGUGCAAUGGCUGGAAGAACCCCAACCCGCCCACGGCCCCACGGAUGGACCUGCAGCAGCAAGCCGCCAGCCUGAGCGAGCAGUGCCGCAGCUGUGGACAUUCCCUAGCCAAUCACGUGUCACACCUGGAGAACGUGUCUGAGGAUGAGAUCAACAGGCUGCUGGGAAUGGUGGUGGACGUGGAGAACCUGUUUAUGUCUGUGCACAAGGAGGAGGACACCGACACCAAGCAGGUCUACUUCUACCUGUUCAAGCUGCUGAGAAAAUGCAUCCUGCAGAUGAGCCAGCCGGUGGUAGAGGGGUCCCUGGGCAGUCCACCUUUUGAAAAGCCAAACAUUGAGCAGGGGGUUUUGAAUUUUGUCCAGUACAAGUUCAGCCACUUGGCCCCCAAGGAAAGGCAGACCAUGUUCGAGCUGUCCAAGAUGUUCCUCCUCUGCCUCAACUACUGGAAGCUGGAGACUCCGACACAGUACCGCCAGCGCACGCAGAAGGACGACGGCACGGCGUACAAGGUGGACUACACCCGCUGGCUGUGCUACUGCCACGUGCCUCAGAGCAACGAUAGCCUGCCGCGCUACGAGACCACGCAAGUGUUCGGCCGCAGCCUGCUCAAGUCCAUCUUCACGGUGACGCGGCGCCAGCUGCUGGAGAAGUUCAGGGUGGAGAAGGACAAGCUGCUGCCAGAGAAGCGCACGCUCAUUCUCACGCACUUCCCCAAGUUUUUGUCCAUGCUGGAGGAGGAAAUCUACGGGGAAAAUUCUCCCAUCUGGGAAGCGGACUUCACCGUGCCCGCUGCUGAUGGCGCACAGCUGGGACAUCAGACAGUGAUCAGUCCGGCUGCUGUGUCGGGCUCCUCGGCUCUUUCCAAGGGAUUGAGCGGCGGUUCGUCAUUGGGCGGUCUUGAGGGUCUUGCAGGAUCAGAGCCCAACACAGGAGAGAAGCGUAAACUCCCCGAGGCACUGACGUUGGAGGACGCCAAACGUAUCCGUGUGAUGGGCGACAUUCCCAUGGAGCUGGUCAACGAGGUCAUGAUGACCAUCACCGACCCAGCCGCCAUGCUGGGCCCUGAGACCAAUCUUCUGACGCCAAAUGCUGCCCGCGACGAGACGGCGCGUCUGGAGGAGCGGCGCGGCAUUAUCGAGUUCCACGUCAUCGGGAACUCUCUCUCCCAAAAGUCCAACAAGAAGAUCCUGAUGUGGCUGGUGGGACUGCAGAACGUCUUCUCACAUCAGUUACCUCGCAUGCCCAAGGAAUACAUCACGCGCCUCGUCUUUGACCCUAAGCACAAGACCUUAGCCCUGAUCAAAGAUGGCCGCGUCAUCGGGGGCAUCUGUUUUAGAAUGUUUCCCACUCAGGGCUUCACAGAGAUUGUCUUCUGCGCUGUGACAUCCAACGAGCAAGUGAAGGGCUAUGGCACACACUUGAUGAACCACCUGAAAGAGUACCACAUCAAACACAACAUCCUCUAUUUCCUCACUUACGCCGACGAGUACGCCAUUGGCUACUUCAAGAAGCAGGGCUUCUCCAAAGACAUCAAGGUGCCCAAGAGUCGCUACCUGGGCUACAUUAAAGACUACGAGGGAGCCACGUUGAUGGAGUGUGAGCUCAACCCCCGCAUACCGUACACGGAGCUGUCCCACAUCAUUAAAAGGCAGAAAGAGAUCAUCAAGAAGCUGAUUGAGAGGAAACAGAGUCAGAUCAGGAAAGUCUACCCAGGCCUGACCUGCUUCAAGGAGGGUGUGCGGCAAAUUCCUGUAGAGAGUAUUCCCGGCAUACGAGAGACUGGAUGGAAACCCAGCGCCAAGGAAAAAGUGAAAGAGGUGAAGGACCCUGACAUGCUGUACAACAUGCUGAAGAACCUGCUGGCCCAGAUUAAGACUCACCCGGAUGCUUGGCCAUUCAUGGAACCCGUGAAGAAAUCCGAAGCUCCGGAUUACUACGAGGUCAUCCGCUUCCCCAUCGACCUGAAGACCAUGACGGAGCGGCUGAAGAACCGCUACUACGUGACCAAAAAGCUCUUCAUCGCAGACCUGCAGCGAAUCAUCACCAACUGUCGCGAGUACAACCCCCCCGACAGCGAGUACUGCAAAUGUGCCAACACCCUGGAGAAGUUCUUCUACUUCAAAUUGAAAGACGGAGGCUUGAUAGAGAAAUGAACAAGACAUAGCGGGUGAAAAGUCUGCGUACCAAAGUCACACACGCGUUUUAUUUAUAACAUUCCGCUUUACGUGGUGCUUCGGAUUCUCAUGUAAAGUCACCAAAAACUGGACCUCGGGGAUUUAAAAGCCACGUUGCCUUCAGUUACUGACACACUUGAAGCGAUCGAGAGAACAACAGCACAACAAGGCUGUGCUCGGUGGAUUAAUCCUGUCUGAUUGCCUAAAUGUUACAAUCGUGCAUCACUGUCACAACGCAGCGGUUCUUUUCAAACGUUCAGAUUUGUAUUUUUCAUCCCCACAUUGGUUACAACAAAUGUUACUUCGACGUCCGCCUUGGAGAUAAAUCAUCGUGCGUCUGGCUUCAACAGUUUUGCCGAACCAGUGCUUGAAAUAUGUUUGCUGCGCAAGAAUAUCCCCGAUUUGCGGUCUUUAAAUACCCGUGUAAAGAUGGUAAAUCAUGUUUAUUAUAUUCCAGUGAACUCUGUGGCAAUACCAUUAAUCCUUUUUAGGCCUCAAAUGUGGUCUAGUCCGUGUGUGUGUGUGUGCGUGUGUGUGUGUGUGUGUGUGUGUGCGUGUGUGUGUGUGUGUGUGUUCGUGCGUGCGCGUUCUUGUACUUCCACUCUUCUUAAGACAUCAACAAAGAAAAGUAACUUCCAUAUGAGGAGCGGUGAAAAAGUUAGGACCGAAAUCAUGGUCCAAUACUGAAAACUAUUGCAUCUGAUAGAGAAUGUCUCAUUAACACCCUUGGUGGUUAAAUCUAUCAAACUGAGGGUGGUCCCAAAAAGGAGGGAUUUUUCAAAUUGACUGUGUGUCACUCCCCCUGUGGUCAACAUAUGUAAUAACAAGUGUGUGGAGGAAAUUGAAAUGUGCCCUCUUUGGCCAAAAUAUAAUUUAAAGAAUACAAUAAAUAUGUAUAAAGAGACAUACUGUGAUAACUUGAAAUGAUGAAGAUUGAAACACAGUACAAACAAAAAAUUCAAAAAAUAUAAAUUAAAAGCGUAGCUUUUUUAUAUUUGCAUAGUAUGUAUAUGUUAUUAAUGUUGUAAAUACAAAUCUAUAUAUCUACAAAGGGUUGUCCUAAUUUCGGAGGUCUCAAGAAGGUAACAAAUACAAGAGUGCGUGGGUGUGCGCGUGUGUGUGUGUGUGCGCGCGUGUGUGUGUGUGUGUGUGGUAGACAAAACUUGCCAUGUUUUGUUUUCUACUUGAAAUCAUGAACAAGUAGCUCUCUGUAGUAGCUUUCACGGUUCACACGCCAGUUACUGUCACUGUAGUACUAUAAAUGAAAAUAAAGGUUUGGUCUUUUUGGGGUAAACCACUCAAUGUGUAGGCGUGAUGUCAGGAUUAAAAAGCAUUGUUGGACUAGCUUGUCAAAUGAUGGUAAUGCUAGUGUCUGUUAAUAUUCCCAUAAAACAUAAUUUCACACAAAGCGAAUAUGGGAAAACAUUCUACAAGUGAAGUGUUUGGAAAACCAAGUUCACACUAGUUGUGCGUGUGCGUGGAGCACUCACCUGCUGUUUUGACUGUUUUAGUGUAUCACAAUGGCGCCAUCUGCUGGAAUAAAACAUCACACCUGCAAA